UGUUAUCGGGAUUGUGUGGCUGUUUACGCGGCCGAGCGACGCGUUUUUGUGUGUUUGAGCGGUGGGAGGCAGCGCUGUGCCAACCAGCGUCCGCAAGCGCUGCGCCGGGGCGUCGAAAAGCGUGAAAAGGCCACGUGCGCGCUGUGGAAUCAUUGAGCGCUGCGCGAGACCCGGCGAAGCGGUGACACGCACGGCUCGCCCACCCUUGUCGAGAACGCGUGGGAGAACGAUAACGGGCAACCGGUCGCGCGCGCGGCCGAAACCCCCCCGGCGCUCCGCGCGCCUCGUGGAGGGAGACCAACAACCGCCGGCGCGCACGCACACAAGAAACCCCCGCAACGCAGGCGAGAGCGCGCGGGCCGGCGCCACCAUGCAGAACAUCAAAUGUGUUGUGGUAGGAGACGGCGCCGUCGGCAAGACGUGCCUGCUCAUCAGCUACACGACGAACGCCUUCCCGGGCGAGUACAUCCCGACGGUCUUCGACAACUAUAGUGCCAACGUCAUGGUCGACGGGCGGCCCAUCAACCUGGGGCUGUGGGACACGGCCGGCCAGGAGGAUUAUGAUAGGUUGCGGCCGCUGAGCUACCCGCAGACGGACGUGUUCUUGCUCUGUUUUAGUAUUACGAAUCCCACGAGCUUCGAGAACGUGCGCACGAAGUGGUACCCCGAGAUUGCGUCACACGCGCCGGGCGUUCCUUUCAUCCUCGUCGGCACGAAAUUAGAUUUGCGCAACGACCCGGAGACGGUCGCGCGGCUCCAGCAGAAGCGCCGCAUGCCCGUCAACUCGGAAGACGGCAUGCAGCUCGCGCGCGAGCUCGGGGCCUACAAGUACAUCGAGUGCUCCGCGCUGACGCAGCAGGGCCUCAAGGGCGUCUUCGACGACUCGAUCCGCUGCGUGCUCGACGCCAUGAAGAAGCCGAAGAAGAAGAAGAAGAAGUGCGUCGUCGCGUGA